AUGGAGCCUUUGGAGAAAAAGCUCAAAAUCGCGAGUCUAGGAAGUUCAUUCGCCGCCGGCCCUGACAUUCCUCCACAAAUCGAACCUAUCGAUGCAGGGCGAUCAGGACAAAAUUACCCCCAUCUCCUAGCAAAGCACUUGAACGCCGAUUUGACUGAUCUGACCGUUUCUGGUGCCACAUUACUCAACAUAACAGUCCACCCACAGUCCACCCCGUUUUCCGAGACAUUCCCACCCCAAAUAUCCGGACUACCCGAAGACACGAAUAUCAUUACCCUGACUGCUGGAGGAAAUGACCUGGGUUAUAUUGGCGGCAUGAUAUCAGAUGCUUGUGGUGAACGGUUUCAGAUCACACCCCUGUCCCCCAGUCAACUGGCGGAAAGGUUCGGUGGAGUCCUUGACAAAAUACACAAACGCGCUCCGCGUGCUCGUGUUUACCUUGUCGAAUAUCUCGCUGUCUUGGGACCCGACACAAAAGCUGAUGUGGAUAUUCCAUUGAAUCAGGAGCGGAUUGAGCAUUACCGUCAAGUUGCAUCCGUGUUACAGCAUGCCUAUGCUGCCGUGGAGGAAGGCAGAUCUGAUUGGUGCGAGAGAGUACCAAUUCAUGAACUGAGCCAAGGGCAUGCCCUAGGCAGCAAAGAGCCAUGGGUUGGAGGGUUUGUAAAUGGGCCUCUUCUUCACCCGAAUCUGAAUGGAAUGAAGGCGGUAGCAGAAAUCCUUGUGGAGAGGGUUCGGAAGACCCUUGCGUCUAAAGCUUCCCUCUAA